CCCAAGCAAGAUCUGCGGCCUUCCCUUCUUUUCUGGGUUGUUCGUUGUUCGUUCGUGCGGCUUCCCAGCUUCAUCCUUGCUGCGGGAGCGCACCAUCAUCAGCAUGCUGUCCAUCGUUAAGAACAGGGUGGUCACCGAUGUGUCCAAGCAGACAGUCGAAAUCCGCAAGAUGGAGCUGGACUGGUACGUCACCAACUUCGGCACCCUCGCCACACAGGCAACCGUCGUCGCGGGAUUCUCAUUCGGCCAGCUCACCAUAUCCAUCCCCGAGAACGUCUCCCUGCCCGCUGAGAUGAUCUACAUCAUCCUCACCUCCAUGGCCAUGGCGCUGGAGCUGUAUGUCACCACUGUCUGCACAUUCGCCACCAUCUGGGCGCCGGGCAUUGCGCUGAGGGGCCCGUCGGGCUUCCGAUCCGUUGCAAAGGCGAUUGAUGUACAAAGGCGAUUGGGAGGGAGGGAGGCAGGGAGGGAGGGCUGAUGUGCGGUUGUGUUUGGUAUGGCGUCUGUGGUUGGCUGAAUGCAGGUGCUUCGUCGUCAGCAGAACACGCUGCUGACGUGCUUCAUGGCGGGGCUGGUGUGUUUCGUCUUGUCGAGCUUCAUGGUGGUGCACAUCUACGACACCAGCAGGCGGACGGCAUGGGGCGCCACAUGGCUCAUAUUCGGAUUCCUCGCGAUCAUACUGUACUUCGCCGCCAGGCUCACAGCACGAUUCUGGCACGACCGGUGAGUGCGCAUGACCCCAACCCCCUCAACACACACAUGAUCGGUAUCUCUCUCUCUCUCUCUCUGUGUGUGUGUGUGUGCGUGUGUGUGUGUGUUGUGCAGGGCGGCGGACAGUUCGAUUCACCCCGUGGAACACUAUUACGGCGAGGUUGGUGAUCUCGACAGCACGACAGUGGUGCCAAAACCGCCAGGGAGGCGCCAGACGGUCGAGAGGGGUCAGGGGCCGCUGCAGGUGGAGAUGGCGGCAGGGGGACUCGAGAGAAUGGGUGUGGGUGUGGGUGUGGGGGGCCGGAUGGACACGGUGCCUGAAGAUGUGCCCAUGUCUGGGUGGCAGGGGUAGGUAAUUGAAUUAGUGAGCUUUAUCGAGGAGUGGUGUCUGUUUGUUGGUCAGUGCAGUGUGUGUACAGUUGAGGAGUGCCUUCCUUCUUCUGCAUUGCAUGCCAUGUACACGUGAGUGAGUGAGUGAGUGCGUGGUUCGGUUCCAUUUAUAUUACAUGGUGGGUGGGUGGACCUUUCUUCUUUCUGCUUAUCGAC